ACCAAAAAAUGUCAGGAGGUCAGAGUGGUUAUGAGCUCCAUGAAGCAAAGGACAUCCUUUCUGAGAUGAAGAGCAUAAGGAAGGCGAUCAGCACUGGGGAGAAGGAGAAGCAGGACCUGAUGCAGAGUCUUGUAAAGCUGAAGGAGCUAUUUCAUCUAGAACAAAGCAGAGGAAGAUCAGAGCCAGACUUAACAACCGGCCUCACCAACUCCCAUUUGUCUCUGUCCAGACAGACACUGGAUGCUGGAUCACAGACUGACAUUUCUGGUGAUAUUGGAAUGAGAAGCAGAUCAAACCUGGCAGAAAAGGUUAGGCUGAGCCUGCAGUAUGAGGAGGCUAAAAGAAGUAUGGCCAACUUAAAGAUAGAACUAGCAAAGUUGGACAGCGAGGCCUGGCCUGGGGCAUUGGACAUAGAGAAAGAAAAGCUUCUGUUAAUUAAUGAGAAAGAAGAACUUUUGAAGGAACUCCAGUUUGUAACAACAAGAAAACGCACUCAGGACGAGAUGGAGCAGCUGGAAGCAGAGAGGAGGCGGCUGGAAGAGGACCUCCUGACUGUGAAAAGCACGCCCAGCCAAGCACUUGCCGAGAGGUUAAAACUUCAAGAAAAAAAGAAGGAGCUGGUGAAGAAGUUAGAAGAAACCACAAAACUGGCCACGUAUUUGCAUUCAGAACUGAAAAGCCUCUCUGCCAGCACGUUGUCCGUUUCCUCGGGGAGCAGUCUUGGCUCCUUAGCUUCCAGCCGUGGCUCCCUGAACACGUCCAGUCGUGGUUCUCUCAAUUCUCUGAGCUCUACUGACCUUUAUUACAAUCAAGGAGACCCAGUGUCUGACCUGGACUAUCAGUACAAGCUGGACUUCCUGCUACAAGAGAAGGGUGGUUACAUUCCAUCCGGGCCCAUUACGACUAUUCAUGAAAACGAGGUAGUCCAUUGCCAUGGCAGGGCUGAGUAUACUAAUUUACCCACUGCACAAGAUGACCCACAAGAAACCAAACCUCCCAAGUCUGUGACUUCUCUUUCCUCCCUGUCCUCACUGUCAUCACUGUCCCCACCUGGCUCCCCCUCAGUACUGGAAGGAGCAUUCUCCUUGUCUACUCAUGACGCUAUUGGUAUAGAUUUUGAAAGUUGUGAGCUUCCUGCAAUGUUCUCCGAAAUUAGCAUCUGUGAAAAUCAGCAUUUAUUGGACUCUGCUAUAGAGCUAUCCACAUCCUUUCCAGAAGAGAAAGGUAUAAGGCAGGAGGCGUCUACAACGUUACACGAGGAGAGCGCAGAGGGCUUUGCCAGGAAAUCAGUGGGUGAUCUCCAGGAGGAGAAGGCUGCUUGUGUUUCUGCUGCAGUAUCGGAUGAAUCUGUGGCUGGGGACAGUGGUGUAUAUGAGGCAUGCAUCAAACCGCCUUGUGAAGAUGUUGCAUUUAAUGAAGAUUAUCCACUACUCGGGGCAGCUGAAGUUCAGUUAAUUCUGAGAUAUGACUCAGGAAAUUCCAGCUUUGUGAUUAUAAUUGGAGAGGCGCGAAACCAUCUCUCCAGGGUCCAGUACGGUUCCAGAGUGUAUAUCCGGGUUGCCAUUCUUCCAUCUUCAAAUGACCACAGCUGUCUGUUUCGGACCAAAGUAUACCCUGCUACAGAGACUAUAUUAUUUAAUGAGCUCUUCAGAGUGUCCAUCUCACAUAGUGGUCUGCAGCAGAAGACUCUGCGGCUGGAUGUGUGCUCAGCUGCGAGGACCCAUCGAGAGGAAUGCUUGGCCGGAAUUCAGAUCAACCUGGCUGACGUGUUAUUUACCAACGAAGUCUAUACUCGGUGGCAUACCUUGAUGCCCUGCAGACCCAUCGCUCAUUCAAAGGAGCUCCCAGAAAAGUCAGUAUUAGACACAAGCAAGCCACGUCCUGCAGCUUUGGAUCUGGAUGCUGUGUCAGCAUUGCUGGAGAGGACCUCUGCUGAACUGGAAGCUGUGGAACAUGAAUUAGCACAGGAAGAAGCCAGUGAGGAUAACCAGGAGCAGACAUGCUCUGGGGAGGAAUGGUUAGAAAUACCAGGAGAAGAGCAAUUUGAUGUCCUGGAUGAACAAGGUACCACGGGACUUCUGCAUGAGUAUUACUCUCCAUCAUUGCAGUUUUCUGUGGAGCCAAAAGAGGUACAUCCAGGAACUGAUGAGGAAGCGCACACCUCUACUCUUCCCCCUGCUUACGAGCUGCCCACACUGGUUGACAAAGAAACAAACACAGAAGAAGCCAUUCAUGAAAGUAUAUCGGUCCGGCCAAAGGACAGGAGUAGUCUUGGCUCCAGGCAGCGGCCAUUUGUGAGAAACAGCAUGAUCGUACGGUCACAGACAUUCUCUCCAGGAGAGAAGAACCAGUAUAUAUGCAGGCUGAAUCGAAGUGACAGUGACAGCUCAACCCUCGCUAAAAAGUCUCCAUUUGUAAGGAAUGCAACAGAACGGUGCAGCUUGAGAGUAAAGAGGCCCAUGUGCCAGGUGGUGACACGAAGAGUCAUGCAUGAAUGUCGUGAGCGGACCUCUCUGGACUUGGAGCUGGACCUUCAAGCAUCCCGGACAAGGCAGAGCCGACUUAAUGAUGAACUGCAGUCCCUGAGAGGACUGAAGCAGAGGUUGGAGGACAUGAAAGCCAAGGGAGAGACUGAUUUACCUACAGGUGUCCUUGAGGAUGAACGCUUCCAGAAGCUCAUGAAACAAGCGGAAAAGCAGGCUGAACAAUCAAAAGAAGAACAGAAGCAAGGACUGAGUGCUGAAAAAUUAAUGAGAAAAGCCUCUAAGGACGUAUGCAGGUUACGGGAACAGAGUCAGAAGUUGCCUCUACAAGUGCAGUCUUUCAGGGAGAAGAUUGCUUACUUCACCAGAGCCAAGAUCAGCAUCCCGUCUCUCUCCGCUGAUGAUGUAUAGUUGUAUUUUUAAUUCACAGCUGUAUUUUUACAAUUGCCCAUCUUUUUAGACAAACUUUUUGUAGCAUAGCUCUUGCUUUUAUCGUAAAAAAAAGUAAAAUUUAAUAUUUUUUUCUACAUUAUGCUGUAAUUUCUAAAAUAUUAUUUCCAGAAUUAAUGACUAGAAGAAAGAGAAAAAAAAAAUCACCAAAAGAGAAAAACACACAAAAAAAGAAAAAAAAAAACAACUGAAGAAACCAAAGUAGAGUAAUUUGGUACACCGAUGGUAAUCUUGUACAUAUAUACAUUUUCUUAAUGUUUUGAAAAGUUUGCAGCAAAGACGCCCUGAUGGUGUGGGGUUUUCUUUUGCUGUUGAACUGCACUGUGCUCCGACAUUUAUUGUUCAACGGACUGAUUUAACUGUUUUCAUGUAAGCUGACUGUGAAAAUGGCUGACAAGCCAUACAACUGACUUUUGCACCAUAGACUUUUUGGGAGUCAAUCCAAUUUUCCAAAACUACAAGGCUGCCUCAAGAGCCAGGUGCUCCUAUGUCCCAUAGUGGUGCCAUUGCUACCGUUGGUAUUCAUGCAAAAUAAGCAAAAAAAAAAACAUAUUAAGAGGGGUUAUAAAUUGACACAGCUUUGUAGCUGCUCUCAAUUAUAUGCCUGGUCAGGGUUACAGUAACGGAGAGUAAAGUUACUUUAUAAGCAAUCCUUGCAGCAAGCUGACUGAUGGAAAUGUCCGUAUCCCUUCACAUCCAUUAGAUCCGUUUAUUAAUGAAUGUGUGUGGGAGGGAGCCAUUCGGCAUACUGCGGUCAUUAAAAUUGUAGUAAAAUACUCAGUACUAGUUAUAUUUUUGUUAACGAAAACUUAUCCAAUACAAAACCAAGGGGCAGAUGUAUUAACCUGGAGAAGGCAUAAGGAAGUGAUAAACCAGUGAUAUGUACAAGGUGAUAAAGGAACCAGCCAAUCAGCUCCAAUAUGUGAAUUAACAGUUAGGAUCUGAUUGGCUGCUUUAUCACCUUGCACAUAUCACUGGUUUAUCACUUUCUUAUGCCAUCUCCAGGUUAAUACUUCUGCCCCCAAAUUCCAGUACUGUACGGUGUAUAAAAUGUGUGCAUGCACAGUAACACAAACAUAUAUGAACAAGAGUCACCUGACACAAUGUAAGGGUUACACAGUACAUCUGCAGAGUGAUUCAUUUAUUUCCUAUAAACAUUAUAAAAUAAUGGACGAUAGAUUUGCUCCUUUGUAGACGUUCCUUCAUAUUCCUUUUAUAAAAGGUAAAAGCUUUCUCUUCAUUUAAUUAACAAACCAUGCAAGGGCAAACGCAGGAUUAUUAGGGGGGUGGGGUGGGGAGUUUCAGAGCAAGUGUGGCCAGCCCAUGAAAAGUGUGUAAUUCACAUAUAACAAGCUAUAGUCUGUCUCAUACAAAGUGCACUGUAUGUAAUACUUCCGGCAAAUAUAGGGCCAGCAGUCGCAGCACGCCGUUAGAGAGCAUAGUUAUCAUUCAUAUUUGUAAGCUAUCCCCCGAAAACAGACAUUUUGAGGGGGUAGCUGCAAAUACUAAGGAUCCCCCAGAUGCACCAUCGAUGGAAAGUGGCGGAUAUUUCUGAUAUCUGCCGCUAUCCCACCAUUUCUGACUGCAAAUACAGUUGUGUAGUCUGAUUCACCGGCCUAUGGCUACUAUAUCACAAAUUGUAAUGGAGAGAGAUUCUCCAGAUCUCUCUCUGUAGACACCCAGUGACGCACGCGAGGCCAACAGCCACACAUGCACACUGGCUGCAGGGAACCCAAACCAGGAAGCAAUAUGACCGUGUAAGUUAUCACUUUGCUUCCAGCUCUUCGCUGGGAUGGGCCAUUAACAGAGCCUUCUCCUGGCAAAAUGUGCCCCUAAAUGUGAUAGUAAGGUGAGCCUGCCUGAGCUGAAUGUUAUUUUUCCUGGAUGUGGGCACUAUUCCACAAUUCAAGUCCAAGGUAAGUACACAUUGGUCUCCCUAUGUACUGGAUAGUGUCUGUAAUAUAGCAUUAAUAAAUAACACUACGGAUGGUAUUAUAGUAUAGGCCUGGUAGGGGAGGGAGUUUCCUGGCAACUUGAACCCCCCCCCCCCCUUUGCCUUUGCCUUAACUGUCUUCCAGUAUAGUUUUCUCAAAUGAAUUGAAAUGAUUAAUCAGUUGCACAAUUAGCCUCAGCUGCCCUUAUCUGUAUGCAUAUUGGUGGUCAUUCCGAGUUGUUCGCUCAUUGCCGAUUUUCGCUAUGCUGCGGUUUGUUGCUAAAUGCGCAUGUGCAUGGUACGCAGAGCGCAUGCGCUAAGUUAUUUAACUAAUAACUUAGCAGUUUUGCUGUUGUUCGUGCGGCGCUUUUCAGUCGCACUGCUGAUCGGUGAGUGAUUGACAGGAAAGGGGCGUUUCUGGGUGGUAACUGAGCGUUUUCCGGUAGUGUGCUAAAAAACGCAGGCGUGUCAGGGAAUAACGCGGGCGUGUCUGGAGAAACGGGGGAGUGGCUGGCCGAACGCAGGGCGUGUUUGUGACGUCAAACCAGGGACUAAACGGACUGAGCUGAUUGCAAUCUGUGAGUAGGUCUGGAGCUACUCAGAAACUGCAAAGAAUUAUUUAGUAGCAAUUCUGCUAAUCUUUCGUUCGCUAUUUUGCUAAGCUAAGAUACACUCCCAGAGGGCGGCGGCCUAGCGUUUGCAAUGCUGCUAAAAGCAGCUAGCGAGCGAAAAACUUGGAAUGAGGGCCUUUGUGUUUUAAGUAUUACACAGCUUUAGCAGUAUGGGUAGAAAUAUUUGAUAAUCUCAUUUUACUUUAGAGAUAUAAAUGCUGCAAUUUAUUGACUUAGAGAAACUUUUUAGUUUUAAUUAUUUGUUAUUUUUAAGUAGUGCCCAUUUUGUGAGCAGGACAAAUAUUGAUGGGAAUAAGUCAAUUGGUUUCCCUAGGAACUAACUAAGAGGCAGAUGUAUUAAGCCUGGAGAAGUGAUAAAGAAGUGAUAAAGCAGUGAUUAGUGGAAGGUGAUAAUACACCAGCCAAUCAGCUCCUAGCUGUCAAUUUACAUAUUGGAGCUGAUUGGCUGGUGCGUUAUCACCUUGCACUUAUCACUGCUUUAGCACUUCUCCAGGCUUAAUACAUCUACCCCAAAGACAUUAAUGUCCUGCUUCCACCUUACAUAGACAACAUAGUUAUGGGAUGCGUAUUUUCAAUGUGUUGCUAUUUAUAGGGAGCAACUAAUCUAAUCUUAAAUUUCAAAAUUGGAAAUAGUAAUAACAUGCUGUAGUUGGGCACCUUGGGGGUAAGUGAUUCUGGAGUCAUAGGCUGCAAAUGAAUUGAUAGCCUCUUUAGGGGGAGAUAUACUAAGCAGUGAAGCGUGGAGAAGUGAGCCAGUGGAGAAGUUGCCCAUGGCAACCAAUCAGCAUUGAAGUAACAUUUAUAGUUUGCAUACUUUAAAAAUAUACAGAGCAGCUGACUGGCUCACUUCUCCACUCUUUUCACUGCUUAGAACAUUUCCCCCUUAAUCCCUCACACAAACUACCACAGACAGUUGUUAGAGGGAUGUAGUCACGAUCCUGGCGGUUAGCAUACCGACAACGGGAUCCCGGCCACCAGAAUGCCGGCAGGGGGCCGAGGGCUGUUCCCACUCGUGGGUGUCCAUGACACCCACAGAGCAGGAAUAGAACUUGUGGCAAGUGCAGAGAGCCCACAAGGGGCUUCAUAGUGCACGUCCCCCUGUCGGCAUUCUGGCAGACGGGGUCCCGGCGUAGACAUGCUAAACGCCGGUAUCCCGUACCGAACCCGUUGUUAGAUGUAGCAACAAAGUUGACACCAUUCCUUUUAGAUAUUUUUGGAGAAAGAAAAUAACUUUCAUACAUUUCUGGUCGUGAGCACUUGAUGCCUGAUACGGCUGCCUGUUGCUAUGCAAUUCUCUGCCCGGCGAUUACCAAAGUCACACAUACAAUAUGUUAUGUGUAAGAGAAAUCUGAUUCUAUUGUGCAAUGCUUACACAGCUUUUCUUAUUUACAUUUUCCCCUGGAAGCUUUGGUCCCUGUACAAUUGCACUGUCACUCCCUUUUUUUAUCUGCUCAAUAUUUUUUGUUUGUUGGAUGGAAUUAUAGGCUAAAACCACAUUUUAUUUUUUUUAGUGGUAAAAAUAAACCUCCCAGAUUGGUGUCAUUAUUUAGCCAAGAUCCUGAUAGAGAACAUGUUCUAAAUGUUUUUAAUCUUGCCUGUCAGCAAGUCCUUUAGCAUUAAUUCUAGUCUUACUACAUAGCGCCAUGCUGGAGAGUGACUUUCCUCCAGAAGGCUGCACUCUCAUCCGGGCUCGCUCUUACCAGCCAGCACAGUAGGCGAGCUGUAAGAUAUACAGGAAACCGGCCCGGCAGCAAGUAGAGUGCAGUGUGACAUCUCAGUCCCAGCACAAUCACAGCUCUCCUGGGAUGCCGGCUGGAGAACGCCUGCCUGGGAGGAAGAUGGUAUUGCACUCUAUAAAAAGUGCUGUGUCCGAAGUGAAUGUGGUGCUGUGUGACCCCUGUGGGGAGUUAUUUUAUCACUGCAAAAUGUACAAGGCACUAUUUAUUCAGACAGUGCUCAGCACCUUGGACUUUAUGCCUGCUAUGAAUAUUUCUGCCAGCUUCUUGUUACAUAUCAGACUCUUUAGGUUGCUGCAGAAUAUCUUGUGAGUCAUUGAAGUCAAUCGCUUUGAGUCCUACAACUCUUCCAUGUCUGAAUGAUUUUGUACGUAUAUGCCACUUUUGUCAAUUCCCAUGCAGGUAAUCGUUAUAAAAUUACCCCAGCAAAAUAGGCUGCCAAACUAGACUGGGAUUCAAGUAAGUCUGUAACCAAGAAAGAAAUGCUCGUGAGGAUUAAAGCGAAUUAGGGCCAACAAUGUGUAUAGCUUAGGUAAUUAUUGUAAUUGAAAUACAUCUCCAGUUAUAUUUCCAGUUUGGCUAAUACAAAAGUGCUUAUUCAGAGCUUUUGCUGGAUGUUAAGCACUUAUUUUCAUUUUUGUCCCCUUAAGAGUAUGUGACGUUUCUUUAAAUAAGUAAAUAUGCUUAUAUAGAGAAUCCUUAGUAGAGUUUGGGGGUGUGCUGUAACGGUUCGUUCAGAGGAGCAAACCUGAUGAACGCCUGCUGUAUUUAAUAAGUCCUCUUGUUAAAUUGUAUCCAUGCCUGCACACAGUGGAGAGGUGGCAAUUAUGUGGGCGGCACUAAUACUUUUGAGAAGGCAACCAAACAAAUCACCUGAACUUUGUAACAUGACUGAGGCUUGUGACUAUGUCUAAGGGAAUUCAUGCCAUGAGAUUUUGUCUCUCAGUGAUUCCUCAUAUUUCUGCCUCUGCUAUGUGUAGAAGACGGGUGCUUUAAACUAAAUUCAUCACUUCACUUAUUGAGUAAAUUGGAAAAACUUGGACACCCCAUUCUGUAUUCAAAUACAUCUCAUUAAUAAGCCUAAUGACCUUAUUCGGAGUCAGUGUAAAACCUAAACGCAAUUUGCAUUUUUUUUUUCUUUCAAAUAGUCUUAUCUCUGUGACAUUUUCACAGUCAGUUGCAUUGGCAAAUGUCAAGUGCGACUCCCUACCCUUGUUGUUCGCGGCUGAGAGAGACUGCAUUGCAACAGGAAGGGUGACAUCAUGGAUAGUACCGAAAAUGGUAAAAAUUUCAGCACACAAUGGGAAUAUACUGAAGUUACUGGCCAGGAUAUGCAGCUAACCAUCCAAGUGCCUUGGAGCAUCUGAAUUGCCCCAUGAAACUGAUGUAAAUAAAACAUUUUUAGAUUUUUUUUCUUUUUGUCAUGUCAACACUUAUAUUUAUAUGUGCAGGCUUCCCCAAUUGUGCAUGAAUUAUUCUUUAUUUCUGAAAAAUUAGGGUUCUUUACUAUGUAAAGUGUCUCUUUAAUCACUGCUUCAGCUGUUUCACAUUUAUGAUCAAUAGGACGCAGUCAUCACUGGUAGCUUUGCAGUUAUCACUAUCAACUGUACACUUAAAUCAGGGUCAACUCUGGCGCAAGUCAGCCAAAAGACUGCGCUUGGGACUUUUUGGUGGCCACAUUGGACUUUAACUUGAGACUGAACACUAUUACUGUACCCUUAUUGUGACUGCACACCCACUACAGUACUCUUAUUGAGACUGCAACACUCUUAUUGUGACUGCACACCCACUGUACUGUUGGUUAUUACCUUAACAAUUAUGGACCUGUAAUAUUUUAUUUGUAAUUAAGUAAUAUGUUACAAAUUCAUUACACAUCGUACAUGAAACUUGAUUGCUUCUACCUAUACUGUCUAGCUGGUGUUUAAUAAGUCAUUGUGGUUUCAUGGGAGGAAUACCUAGUCCCUCUUCAAUGCUUCUACAUGCAAAAUUUUAAAAAUUCAUAAUGUACAAUCUGCGUGCAGCACGUACAAAAAUCUAAUACUCUCAUUGUCCCUGACAGUUGUUCAUACGUAGGAGCCUUUCUGUAUCCUCAGCUGCUCUUUCCACAGUUUACCUCAUGGCUCAUCUGUACGUGACUUGGAGAGUAGUCCCAGUCACGCACAGAUGGAAGGUUUGCCAAACUACAGCUUUUGUGUAAGCUCCCUCUGCUACAACACAGUGAGGUGCAUAAUAUUAGUGUUAGCCUUUAUUUGUUACCUGCUGACAUAUUAUGUGGCAUUGUACAUGGAGGGUAUAAUAAUAUACACAACAUAAAACCAAAGGCAAAGGUUACUCUUCUCAAAUGAGCUUACAAUCAGACAUGCUGGAACAAAAGAUACAUAAGGCAGUGGAAUAACAAUUGUAGCCAAUGGAGGCUCUUGUGAGGCAGAAAGCAUUAUGAGUAAUAGUAAUCAAUAUUAAUGCCGCCAUCAACAAGGGGCAUUUCUGUAGGAAUAGUUGAAAUGAAGAGAGAGGGAAAGGUAGGGCACUAAACAUGGACUAAUUAGAAUUACAUAUGCCCAUCUUCUCUGAGUGUUUAGAUUUCCAAAUUGCGCUGUUGUGGGCAGGGAUAAAUAAUGCAAGGAGGAUGAAAGGUUAGUGUAGAAUUUGUGUGACAGCUGCUGGCAACUAUGCGUAUUCCUCAUUCAUCUGCACCGACCACUCCUGGGGCCUGUCUCAGACAUGGACCCAAACCCAAUUUUUGCGCAGAUGAUAAAUUAUUGUCUGACUGCGCAUGCAUCUAAGUCACGCUGGCACAAUGGUCUUGCAAUGGCGGUUGCAGAGAGUGGCAACAAAAAAAGGCGCAUUGUGACCAUUUUCAGGGUGUGUCUAGACUGCGAUACCGUACGCAGCUGCAAUGGCUCCGGCUUUCUUCCUGCCGCCAUGCUGCUCUACUAUAGGGCCACUGAGAAGCUUGAAAAUCGACAGAUCUUUGAGAGACUCUGCAUCUUUGUACGCAGCCGUUAGUACUCUCAAAGCCGCCGGUGCCGGUCUGAAUAUAAAUCCUGGCGGCUGCAGCAGUUGCAUAUUUUCACACCGUCGCUGCAUACACAUUGGCAGCUGCGACGGCAUUAAUGUACAACUCUGACUCAUGCCCCUGGUUCUGGGGAAGGAUUUGGCUUUCGUGCUGUACAGUAUGUGCACUCUUGUAGGUCGCAUUUGGACAAAUGAACUAUACUGUAUGACAUAGUAGCUUUCGGGUUCGUAUGAAGAAACCUUAAUUUUAGUGAAACAUGCUUGUGAUGGGAAAUUCCAUUAACCCCAAUAGUACACAAAGCAUUUAUUUAAUGCUGGUCACAAACACAAUCAUUACCUUGCCAAAUAGUGUUGCACUAUCUUAACUUUUGGUGUUUAGGGUUGCAUAUUUUUAUGCCAUAGCUAAAGCAAUAAUAAGAUACUGAUAGAAUGUUCGGUCAUCAACAUUAGGUCCAUUUCAAAUGAAUUGUAGGUUUACAUCUAAAGGCUUUGACUCUUGACAUUGGACCAAACUGUACAUGUGGACCAGUGUAGCAGUCGCUACUGCUAGGUGAUACACUGUUAUAUUGUAUAUUCUGGAGUUACAUCUAUGCAAUUACGCUAAACAGUAGGGUUGACCACUGAUGAUUCAAUAUCAUCGAUGGUCUAUGCCUGAUGUUGAAUACUUUUACCAACGAUAGGGGAGAACCGAUGGAAUCCUGACAUUGAUGGUACAGAACCACACUAUGUUUUUUUCUUCUAAAAGGUAAAGGGACAUAGAGCCUAGCUCAGCCACUGCACCCCCCCCCCCCCCCCCCCCAACCCCCCAUGCUCUGAUUGGCCCACAGCCCAGUGAACAGUAAAGCAGGGGUGACCCAGUGGGUGAAACAAUCAAUGGUUCCCUUGUAGAUGGUUUUACACUUGAAGUUAGCCAUCAAUGGUGGCCAUUAAUGGUUAACCCACCGAUGGCUAUCCCUACUAAACAGACUCAUUUAAAACACAUUUUUCAACUUGAAAUAAUAUGCACCUUCAGCUGUUAGAGAAAUGUGGGCAAUUUGUUUUAAAUCUAUCACAAAACCAAUCAAAAAUCCCCUUGUUUAGAAUUCAUAUAUUUACAGUUUACCUGUUGUUGAAUGAUUUAGCAUUAGUUCUAUCAAUCACUGUCACCUUACAUUUCUGUAUACAGAUCAUACACAUGCCAUGUAUACCAUGUUUUAUUUCUUCAGCACAAGGUGAAUGGCUGGAAAGGCAUAAAACCGCCUCACUAUUAGAUGAAUGUCUAGAAAGCUGUCGUGACCCUAUCCUCCUCACAUGUGCAAAUACUUAAUGCCUCCAGAGGAAGAGGAUGUACUAAUAAUAAUUGCUUUCAUAGGUUGGAGGCUCUCAGCUUGCCCUCCAAAACUACAGAUGUAACACAUUUCAGAUCUCUCCCUUGCUUCACACCAUUGGCUCAGUGGAAAUAACCUUAUUAGUAUGCCUCUAGUAGUGAUGUGUGUAGUGAUAUGGGCACUACUCUGCCCAUCUGCUGUUCUCAAAUCAUUGCUCAUUCCACUAUACAAAUGUGAAAUUUGGAUAACCAAAAUGUUGACAGCACACUGGUUAAAUGUGGUAUUUGCUUACCACAAGGAAACGUUGCAGAUGGUUUCAGGUGUCUGUCUAAAGACAAUCAAGUAUUAUUGUGAACAAAAUGCAUUGAAUUCCAGUUAGCUGGUUCAAGACCGAAUACUGCUAUACUAGGGUUACAUAACCGGUGGCCCCACAGCCGUUGUUAAGCAACUCUUCCAUCUGGCUAGCUAAAGAACAAUAGAAAAUCCACAGGUUACCUAGCCCUGCUCUAAACUCUACCUGCUUUUAAGACUACUAGAAGUCACAUAUGUACUGGCAAGGUCAAAGAUUUGGGGAGGGCAUAAUAUGAAGUUAUUUAACAGCAAUAAUGUGUGUUGCAUAACCCUUGGUCCGUGAGGGGUGUUUUGUAAAGGAUUAAUGAAGGUUUCCUGUGUGUUUUGUCAGCUUGAUUUUGUAAAACGUAGACUGAUGUGUAGAGCUGUUUGUAUCAUUUUAAUGAUUUACUAUCUCCACUUAUUUAUUUACUGUCUUAUUUAUGUUAUGUUUUGAUGUAGUUCAGUUCUGGUCAUUUUAAGAUUGGUUAUAAAUGAAGCCAAUAAAAUCAUUUGCAGCUUGUUCUACAGUUUGGCGCUGUUACUUAUAUAUAUUUUCAUUUCAUCAUUACGUAUUACAUUGCAGGUUUUAGCAUGUCCAGUAAUUCACAAGUGCAACAGAGAUCCAUGGCUGCGGUCUAGUGGAGUAAUAUCCCGAGUAGAUGUUGUCUGCUCCUCUAUAUUCACCUUUGCACGUCCAACAAGCAUGAUUUCUUGUGCAGCUUGCUGUGAUUGGCUGGUUGAAGGCUUAUAAAUGAACUAAAACCAGCUAUUUUCAUCAUGGUGUCAUUGGAGGGAAAAUAGAUUGCUAAAUCUUUUUCAGUAAAACCAUAAAGGGGGGUACACACGGAGAGAUCUGUGCUUAAAUUCUAAGCCAUCUGACUAGAUUGCUUAGAAAUUGAGCACGGAUCUCUCGUGUGUAUGCCCCACAGUGAUAGAGAUGCGCGGCCUCACGCGUCGCUUUCGCUGGUGCUAGAUUGGCCUGCAUACAGGCACAAUCUAGCAGGUCGCUCAUUUCACCGCUGGUUGAAAUGAGUACCCCCUCGCUCAGCACACAUCGCGCUGUGUACCGAGUGGGGGAGAGAUGUGUGCUGAGCGGUCUGUGACAGAUCACUCCGCACACAUCUCCCCGUGUGUACGGGGCUUCAAUCUCUUGGCUAUAUGAGUUUCACACCAGUCAACAGCCAGGCAAUUGCUAGUUAGAAGUAAGUUGGAAAAGCUGGAGCAUGCUGCAUCCAUUUUGGAACAUACUGAAUUCCAUAACUAAAUAGAUGCAAUUUAAUAAUAAAUACAUGUUAUUGUAUAGCAGAUUAAAUAGUUCCCAUAUAGCAGCAGCACAUUUUAGGUACUUUUCAUUUUUUUUCUUCUAAAACAUGCAGCCUGAUAGUAGCUAGACAUGUUGCCUUCCCAGCCAAGCUAUUUACCAUCAGUAAGCUGUUACAGGGGAUAUCAGAUCAUGGUGAUGGUUUAUGGUUACAUUCCUGCAAACUUUGUCACUGUAAGGUCAGACUUUUAAUGCCAAAUGUAGUGGGUAGUGAAGCUAGGCUGAAUUUAACAUUGAAAUGCUUUAUCUAUCUCUACUUACAUCAAAUGUGUGCAGGGCACAGUAGGUGUAGAAAUAAACCAUAACAUCAUUGCUAGAACAGUCUGAAAUAUUCUUUAUUAUUCUUAUUAUUCAGAGACCUAAAAUCACCUUCCCAUUCAGUAAGAUGAAGCACAACUAGGUACCGGGUUGCUCUCUAGAUGUUGGGUAUCCAAUUAGCUGUGUAGAAACAUCAGGAGCGAACAACAGCCAUUUUUCGCGAUUUUUCCCGAUUGUUUCUCCGAUAUACAAAAAAAAAUGAUCCCGAAAACACACAGGUUCAGUGAAACGCUGGCCGCAACCCCAUUUUCACCUGCCUAAGGCAGGUUGAAUACAAUUCCAGAUAAGAUGCGGCCCCUGCCAGCUUAUCGGGGGUAAUUGUAUAGCUCCUGGAGAGACAAUUACCCGCUGUAAUUUACAGCAGGUAUUUGGAUACCCCCUAAGGCUUAGCAUGCCCUGGCAGUGCUUGCUGGAACUUGUAGUUUCGUAGUGUGGCGGGGGGGAAAGCCAUGCAUGCUUUGGAGGAUAUAUACACUUUUCACUAUUUUUUUUAAAAAUAUACUUAUGAAUAUAUAUACUUAGUAAAUAUAUUUAGUAUUAUUUUAAGCUAUUACUAUGCUUCUACAAGUAUAUAUAUAUCAAAAUCAAAGUAUUACAUCCACUUGUCAAAAAAACCCAUACAUUCAGCCAAAGGAACAAAGCUUUAGCAUGUUGCUGAAAUUACGUUUUACUAUAUUUUUCCCUGUUAUAUCUUCCUGAAUUUUUUUGCAAUAAGAAAUGCUCAGAACUGAACUAAACAUGUAAUCAGGUUAAAUUCUGAAUGUGUUUGUUUUACAUUGUGUCCCUGUCUGUAAUAUUAUGAAAUGCUACCAUCACAUAGAGAAACGUUCGUCUCUGUACCUUCCAUGUGUCUCAGUGAUUUAAACAAAAAAACAAUACAUUUUUUUAACAAAAUAAA